GUCACACUACACAGGCAGUAGAGCAAGAUAGCUAGCUCAACCUCGGUAAGGUAGGAUAGGAAUAGGAUCAAUGAAGCCCAGCAGGGCAGCAAUGUUGGCCAUGGUAGGCCUGGUUGCCGCAGUGCUGUCCCGGGCGGCCUUGUCCACGGCGGCGCCAUCGUUGAUCUCUAUGCCCAACGCCGACGGCCUUUCCUAUGACUUCCACGACGAGUCAUGUCCAAACCUGCGGCAGAUGGUGCACGACGCCGUGGAGGAAGCAAUCAAGGAGGAUAUCGGUGUUGUCGCCGGCCUCCUCCGCGUCAUGUUCCAUGACUGCUUCCCACAGGGCUGUGAUGCGUCGCUUCUACUGUUUGACAAGUUCUGGAGCGAGCUGAACAUGCCUCAGAACAAUGGAAUCAGAAGGAACGCAGUGUAUCUCAUUGAGAGCAUUCGCAUUAAGGUUCAAGACGCCUGCGGGCCCACUGUCUCCUGCACGGACAUCAUGAACCUCGCCACCCGCGAGGCCGUGAUGCACGUCGAGGUGCCAGGCUAUGAGGUGCCGCUCGGUCUACUGGAUAGCCGCGCGCCCGCUCCCAGAGAGAACGUAGAGCAGCUGCCGGGCCCCGACUUCAACGCCACCCAGCUCAUCGAAUCCUUCCAGAGUCGCGGUUUCGACAUCACCGACGUCGUGGCCCUCUCCGGUGCGCACACGAUCGGGAGGUCAAGCUGCGGCAGCUUCAAGAACCGCUUUGGAGAGAACGCCGACUUUGUUCGUUGGCUCCAAGGCACCUGCGCCAGAAACCCUAACCAUCUGCAGGACCUGGACGUGACCACCCCUGAGAAGUUCGACAACGUGUACUACAACAACCUGAAGGAGGGGAAGGGGGUGCUCAACUCCGACAUGGCCCUCACACAUGACGCCAGCACCAGCUGGCUGGUCGACGGCUUUGCGCAGGACCAAGGGUGGUUCUUUUCCCAGUUCGGCACCUCCAUGAGGAAGAUGGCACAUUUGCCGAGUGAGUUCGGAAACAAUGGUGAGAUCCGCAAGUACAGCUGCUUCUGGGCCAACUUGCAUGGCCCGAAGGGGCCUACUGCUGAUCUCGCGGCAUCAGCUUGAGAUCCCAUCAUAUGUCGUUAACGGCCUUCCAUGCGUGCAUGAAAUAAGAGCGAGCUAGCUUAGCUAGAAUUCUUGUCUGGCUUUUAUAUCUCCAUUUCAAUAAAUCUAUGUUUUCCUAUGGACUAUACUUCGGUUUGCGAAAUAAUGGUAAUAAAAACUACGCAAUAUGUUUGGAUCUUUU